AGCCACGGAAGCCGCGCCCCCCGUUGCUUGCUCUAUUUCUAUUGAAACGCCAGCAGCUACUCCUCCCCAGCAUAAAGGGUGGAGAAAGCCAUUGUACCGACCGAGGGAGAAGAAGGCGGGACCGAGCUGGCAGCCGAGCAUCACAACCGUCCAAUCUACAAUGGAUUGGGCAUUCACACAUAGAGUCUGGGAGAAGUGGGCUUCUAAUAAUGUUGGUUCUUCUGGUGAACCAUUGAAGGCAGCUUUGCUACUUAACUAUGACCCAAAUGCUCCCUCUCGCUUGGUAUCUGUCAUAGCAGAGCAGCAGGGAAUGAAGGCAAAGCCUGUGGAGUUUAGUCCUUUUCUUGACUUCAUCAAACGGAACAAUCUCCUGAAGGAAUGCUUCUUCAUUGGGUCAAAUGAAUAUCUGGUCACGUCAAUCCACGAGCACUGGUUUUGUGCACGGUGUGUGAAUACAUCAAAACCUGCUGGUGAAGGCGCUAUCAUUAUGCAGAUUGCAGCAUUUCUGUUGGUUGCAAUGUAUGAUGGUUCAAUUGGUUCUGCAUCUCGUGCAAUGGUGGCUGUUGAUCAGUUUGCGUGGCAGUUGAAUCGAUGAAAUCUUUGACCCCUCUCAGACUAGGGGAUUCUUCACCCAACUCCCAUCACCUUGGUCACAUCGAUGGAUCAUUGCAUGUAAAAUGUUUGAUCUUGGAGUUGAAGCCUUCGCAAGACAUCACAUAAAUGAUCGGGAGAGCAAAAUGGGAGCUGAUUGAAGUACGAGAGAGCAUCGAUCAAGCAACCCGAGACUACACAUCAAAUGAGGGGCUCAAUUAAAAAAGUGUCAAUUUGUGAGUACAUGCUCUCUUUCCUUGUGUAGGAUUGAGGGUAAGAGUUUGUAACCUAAACUCGAUAGGUUCUUGUAUAUGACCUAGCCUUUUAUUUAGGGCCUAAUUCAUCGUAUACGAGUGUGUACGUGUUAGUCUCCAUGGGAACCUCCGGCGGGGGUAAACGUAUAUCCUUGUAUUAAGACUGAGGCUGUUGGUUAACUGAUUGAAAACCAAUUAAAGCCUCUUACGAGAGCUUUCGGCGGUA